AUGUUAGCUAAAGCUAUUGAAUCAACUAAUAAUGAAACAAAACGUCGACAUCUUGUUAAAUUAUGUGAAACACUGUUUUGUAUUACUAAACCAUGCACCGAACAAUUACAAAAAUCAGCAUGUGAUCUUCUUAAAUGUUAUCAAAGUAUAGUACAAAUUUCAAGAUAUUUAGCUGAAUUUCUUUACGAUGAUAAACAAUUAGAUGAACUUCAAAAUAAAAUCGACAAUAGUUUAUCAAGAAUAGCUUGUCGUUCUUAUUUAACACAAGUAAGAAUCGACAUAUAA